AUGAUAACUCACCAUUUCUUCUCAUCUAUUUCAAUAGCUUCUUCUUGUACACCUUCUAAUUGUAUUGCCCAAUGUCAACCUAGUUGUUCUGAUGACCAAGUAUGUGUUUUAGGUACCAUGUCCAACUGUGGUCAAUGUCCUGCUUCUAAAUGUAUGAGUAAAGAAGCUCUUGGACUCUCUCCAUCUGAUUCCAACUCUAACAAUGGUCAAGACAAUAACAACAAUGACAACAACGACAAUGGUGCUUUGAUAGGAGGUCUUGUAGGUGGUCUUUUAGGUGGUGGUAUUCUUGUUGGUGGUUUGGUCUAUUGUAUCUUUCAAUAUAGGAAAAAAUCAAAAACUACUUUACCUAUCGCUUUCCAUACAACCACAAGACUUCACAAACAACAACAACAACAACAACAUUACAAUCAUCACAACUCACUUAAUGAUUUUUCGGAUAUACCACGUCCUAUGUCUGAAAAUACUAGAGAUUCAACUUGUCAUUCUAUCACUUCUGGUGUCAUUCCAAUUGCCUACAUCCCACCUUCCUAUCAUAUUCAACAAGAAGCAUACUAUCAACAGCAACAACGGCCACAUUCUUCUUCUUCUUCUUCUUCAACUAACUCUUAUAUGAAAUCAAAUCAACCUUGGACAACCUCCUCCACAGCAACUCCACAUGCCACAUCCUCCAAUACAGCAGUAGAAAAUCCAUUCCAAGAUCCUCGACAUUCUCAAUAUUCAAUAGAUGAUGAUGAUGAUGAUGAUAUGAGUAGCAAACACCAUUCAAUGAUCAGUACAACACAAACAGCUUCACAUCAUGCAGUACAAGUGACUCGGGCAAAGCCGCAAAUCUUACGUGUCAACACUGUACGUGAUUUGAAAAGAGGUGAUUCAGUACGUACCAUUUUGACUAAAUCUGACGACUUAUCACGAUCCAACACACUUGAAUUGAAGAAUCCAUCAUCAAAUGGUCAACAAGAUCCAUUCCAAGACGAUCGAUAUACGGUGGAAAAUGAUGAUGAUGAACAACCUUCUUCUCGACCUGUGACGAAUCAUAGUUUAGGUUCUACCGUGGGUGAUGGUGAAAUCACCAUCUUUUGGAGUGGUCAACAACCUUUUUCAUCUCAUUGA